AUGCCUAAAUUUGUAGCCAAGGGCAGAGAUGGUGCUGGUUUUCGAGGAAAUAUAAGGGUGUUCUGUCGUGUAAGGCCUUUUCACCAUGAAGAGGAUUAUCAAUCCAGAACUCUGUUCACCCUGGAUGAGAAUAAUGUAUUCCUAAAAGUUGCUGAAACCAAGAUAAAGCAAUACAAGUUUGACAAGGUUUUCAACCAAUGCUCAACACAAGGUGAUGUAUUUGCUGAAGUUGAACCAGUGAUAAAAUCAGCUUUAGAUGGCUAUAAUGUUUGCAUAUUUGCCUAUGGUCAGACAGGUAGUGGGAAAACUUAUACCAUGGAAGGCAAGCCUACAGAUCUAGGUGUCAUACCACGUGCGAUUCAAGCACUGUUUGAUCGAACUUCAGGGAGCAACAGAAGGUUUCUGUUCACUUUUAGUAUGCUCGAGAUAUAUAUGGGAAAUUUGCGAGACCUGCUAGUUCCAGGAAGCAAGACACAAGGUUUUAAGAAAGUACCAAGUGCACUUGUGUUCCAAGGCUACCUAGCAGUCCUCCACAACCAAGAAAAUGAACAGGGCCAUUAA